AUGCCUUUACAUGCUGGAAGGACCAGUAUAAACCAAAGCACAUUUACCAUUAACAACUUGAGUCCUGAUGACAGCAGUUUUUAUGAAUGCGUGCCGGCUACUAAUAUUAUGGGAACAAAGAAGACAAGAAUCAACGUGGCAGUGCAAGUGCGUCGCUUAGGUUUGUAUUGCAGGCACCGCAUAUAUCUAAUUCAGUCAAAGGUUGCUUUGAGAGUUGGUCAUUGGCGCAAUUGGUCCUGAGCGUUUGGGCAUACGAAACUCACUGCAAUGACUUGCUUAAAUGACCGCCAAAUAAUAGUAUAGCUUCCCGAGAGCGUAAUUGCCCAAUGCCCAAAGCAAUCCCCUUGAUUGAACAAGGUAUGAAUAGAUUAAACAUUCAGUUUAAUGUCAGUCGUCUAAUCCAUAAACCAUUGCGACCUUUGUUAAACAUCUAAGAUGCAUUGCAAAGGUGUAUCAUAAGUAACUGUCUAUCUAGUUAGAGUCCUCUUCACUGUACCUUAAGAGUUAAUAAUAGGCCCCCUUCACUUUUUUAUCUACAUAAUGAUCCUCUAAACUGUCUGAAUGCUGGUUCUACAUUUUCUGCACCUAGCAUACCUGAUCUCGAAUUACAGAUCAAUGCUGAAUUGAAGCAUAUUGAUCUCUGGCUUAAAGCUAACAAUUUAAGUCUCAAUGUCGCCAAAACAGAGCCUAUGAUUAUUAGCUCGGGGCAGAAACUACAAUCUUCAAAUGACUACACAAUAAAAAUUUAUAAGGAUGGCGUCCAACUAAACUUAACAACUCAUAGCAAAUUUAUUGGGCUUACGGACGAUAAUCUCUCUUGGAAGGCCCACCAACAUGACAUUUCAAAAAAGCCCCCUAAAACAUUGGUGCGCUUAAGCGAGUCGAGCCAUUUGUUUCUAUGCACAAUGAAGUUAUGAUAUGCUAAGGUCUUAUUGAACCACGCUUUGAUUACUGUAAAGCGGUCUGAGGUGGCUUGUGUUACUGUGGUGCUUACUUAUGGAAAAAUCUUCCCGAGAAUGUACGUACGCACAGCAAAUUCUCUAAAUCAGGUGACUUUGAGGGAACAUUCACUCUCGGUUUGCUGAUCAUGCUCCCAUACGGCAACCAUGUAAAACAACUUCUAGAACUUAUUCAUUUUCUAUUAUUAUACGAAAAUUUUAACCGUGUAUAAAUAUUUAAAGUUUAUCAUCAUCACCAUCAUCAUCAUCACGAUCACCACCAUCAUCAUCUUAUUCUUUACUCAUCAAAGGACGAUGGACACUUUUUCGAAAGCCUAUAUACGUAAGAACUAUACCGCUGUAUCGCACGGUGAUUAGUUCGAAUCCCAUCCAUGGCUGGAUUUUUUUUUUAAACGUUUAAUAUCACAAAAAAAACCAAUGAGAGCUGUAUAGUCAUUGUGCAUGAGGUGCUGACAUAAAUUUUCAUUUGAAGACUUGUGUGUUAACCGGAUCAAAGUUUCAUGCUUAAAAUUUCUUAUUAGCAAAUCAAAUACAUGAAUCGGCACUCUUUCUUUAGUCACUUGCGACGUUACUCUUUUUGCUAAUUCAGCCCUGCAAAUGACAAUAGAUCGUUUUCACUGCCACGCAACAAAAAAUUAAAUUGGAAACCGUCCAGUGGAAGAAGCUAAGAAAAUGAAAUGUUAUAAAAGACUAUUAUAUAAACAAUUGGUCCAAGUCUCAGGUCUUUGUGGCCCACAGUUUCUGAGUUAUUUGCCGAAACGUUUCACGCACCUUUGUAGAGCUUUGUAUAGCUUGCGUAGCAAGCGUUUCCAAUCGAGUUAUUGCGCGAAAGUUAGAGACGAACUCGCGCGGAAACGCUUGCUACGCAGGCUAAGCUUUGUAUAGAGACGCCAUAUUGGUGCACCGUUUUGGUGCACCAAUAUGGCCGCCGGAAAUCAACAAAAACAUCUGGAGUUCACUUUUCCUAUAAAAGCUCUUUCUUUUCACUCGAGAACUAGCAUACGUACGCAUAAACACAUCUUCUAAUACUUGAAGUGGUUAUACUGCUGAUUAUCAAGAGGAGAGACUUUUUUCAACGAGGCAGUAUUCCUAUUUUGUUGUCACGCAAUGUGAAAACUCGGAAGUUCAAAUUGCUGUAUUUUCGAAAUGAAACAUGGUACGGGACUGGAAACUUGUACAAAGAUUUAUUUUUUGUUUAUCUUCAAGCUAGUGUAAAUAAGAAUUCGUAAAACCUCGCUAUUUUGACUUAACAAUUUGAUGACGUCAUAGUGAAAACCAUCUAUACAUGUAAUGCAGUUGACGUCAAAUUUUUAAACUUUUCACUUGGCCAAAGAAUAAUUUGUUUGACUUGUUAAAGAAGGUUUUUUUUUACUUUUUAGCUUUUGAAAACUCCGUCAUUGUGGGAAACAACAGAAACCACUUGACCUCCUUAAGCAGCUGGCUCAAACCUGUGAGAAAAAGCAUCAAUUCUCUGUGGAAGCGCUGUUGGCGUGCAUCCGUGGACGGCUGGGCUGCAAGUAUACUUCACUCCCGAUGUGACGGCAAGGGCCCGACUGUGACAAUAAUAAGGGUCGGGAGAUACAUUUUUGGAGGAUACACCAGUAAAUCUUGGGGUAAGUGAACGUUGUAAAACAGCAGAUUUUGGUGCAUGGACCACCAGUACGGUUAUUUAAGCCUAUGUUCAGCUAAAAGUGCAGCUUGGUACUGCCCUAUAAAGACUCAGUUAACCCAUCCUUUCAUUAAGUAGUGGCGAAUAUAGGUUUAGGGUUGGCGGAUCUAGAUGCGGGCCCGCAUCUCUCACCCUUCAAUGGCCGACGAUCGCCCCACCUCAGUAGACCUUAAAAAGGUGUGAAUGAGCCCCAAUCCCCAGCCCCCUCUCCUCAAGAUCUGGAUCAGCAAAGUGAUGAGAAUUUCUAGCCUGCAAAACGGACCUAACAAUAAUAAUGAUAAUAGAAAUAAUAAUAAUAAUAAUAAUAAUAAUAAUAAUAAUAAUAAUAGUAAUAAUAAUAAUAAUAAUUUUUAUUAUGAUAAAUAAUAAAAUAAAAUAAGGCUUAACAAAUAACAAAGGCUUCAUUACUGUGGUAAGAGUAUUAUUACUAAUUCACCAGAUUGUAGAAAGCUUUGGGAAAUGGGGAGGAAAAAAACAACACAUGAAUUUGGCGACUUGUUUUCUUAAGUGACACGAAACAUUCUAAUCUAAUUCUUGUUCUUUUUUUCUCGUCAAUUGCUUUCAUAAUUGCAAAUUUCUGCUAAUUGACACUUCUUGUAGUCAGACACCUCACCUCAGCCCCGAUAAGCGGACAGUUCUUUAAACCUGGUCCUCCCUAGCGACGCAAGUAUAUAAAGCAUGCAUGCGCAUAAGGAUCUAAUGAGGACGGCUUAAACUAAAUCAAAACCAUAAGUACAAGAACAUCAAAACCUUGGAUUUUUCUUAAGCUGAUGCUUUUUAUGAUAGUGCACAUUAAGCUUUUCGUGUUCAUGCUUAUUUUUAUCCUUAAGUUAUGCUCAUGCGUAUACGUAUGCUUGCACUAGAUGCGUCGCUCGGGACAACCGGGCCGUAGUGUUUAUCCCUGUACACCUGCCUGUAGCCACAUAGAAACACGGAUCUCAAUCUACCUUUAGAGGAAAUCUCUCCUAAACUGAAGAACUGAAUGGUCUGGUUCAAAGAGUGACCGCUUACGGUGGAUUCUAUUAUAACUAGAACAAUUUAUAAUAAAAAUAUUUACAAGAAAUUCCUAAAAGGAAUGACAAGAAUGAACUGAAUUAGCUCUUGAUAAAACGUGUCGUUCAUUAGUCAAGAGUGAUUCGUCAUACUUAUGUAAACUAAGCAACUCGAAUUUGCUUCAUUAUGAAUUAUCAUUAUUAUUAAUUUUAAUAAUAUUAUUAAUGAUUUUAAUAUUUUUAUGUAGGACAAUGUUAAUAACUUAUUUUCUAUUCAAUAUAUAUUUUUUCUUUCUUUCUUCUUACUAGCAUCGUUAUCUGGCCGGUAUCAAUACGACUCCAAAGCCUUUAUUUUCACUGGUGAACAAACCAGGAUGGGCGCCUGUUAG